GUGCUUUUUAUAUGGAUCUCGCCGGCUUCAAUCUGCAUCUCCUGCCUCUCAUCGUCUUCUUUUUCUUCUGCUGCUGCUGCUCAUCAUCAUCUUCGACUCCAUCGUCAGCGCCAUCGUCUUCUUCAAUCUCCAUCUGUAGCACAUAAUGGCUGAACGCAGCGCUCCCCUCCGUCUGGGAUCUACCGCCCCCGACUUCACGGCCAUCACCACCAAGGGCGAGAUCAACUUCCACGAGUUCAUCGGUGACAACUAUGUCAUCCUCUUCUCUCACCCGGAUGACUUCACUCCUACUUGCACCACGGAGCUGGGUGCCUUUGCCAAACUAGAGCCCGAGUUCACCAAGCGUGGUGUCAAGCUCAUUGGCCUGUCUGCCAACGGCAUCGGAUCGCACCAUGACUGGAUCAAGGACAUCGACGAGGUCAACGGCUGCAGCCUCCAGUUCCCCAUCAUUGCAGAUGCGGACCGCAAGGUCUCCUACCUCUACGACAUGAUCGACUACCAGGACACCACCAACGUCGACGAGAAGGGAAUGGCCAUGACCAUCCGCUCUGUCUUCAUCAUCGACCCAAAGAAGAAGAUCCGUCUGAUCAUGAGCUACCCAGCCACGACCGGCCGCAACACUGCCGAGGUCCUGCGCUGCGUCGACGCCCUGCAGACCACUGACCGGAACACCGUCAACACCGCCAUCAACUGGCAGAAGGGCGACGACGUCAUCGUCCCUCCGUUCGUCAGCACUCAGGAUGCCUCCAAGAAGUUUGGCCAGGUCAGAGAAGUCAAGCCAUACCUCCGAUACGUUACCCUCAAGGAAGACUCGCGUAUGUAAUUGGAUGUAAAAUAGUAAUAAUAAACUCCUCUUCGCUAGCCAUCUACUCUCUCUCUCUCUCUCUCUUUUUUCUCUUUGUCUUCUCUAUUUCCGC